GCAGCCCCCCCACAUCCUGCUCUUCUGAGCCUUUAUGGAAGUACCACCAUGCAUCAAACCUCUACUUGCUUCAGCAGCACGCGUCUUCUGUUUAACCUGAGGGGGGGAAAGUCAUCAAGCUCACUCUGAGCCGUGCGUCGGAGGAUCCCUUCUUUUUCUUUCCGUCUCUCAUUUUCCCUCUCGCCUGUUUUUCUUCUCCUCUGUUCCGCCUCUCCCAGUCUCCCCCUCCUUAACCAAAGCGCUGCUGUUUCCCAGAGUCUAUACCUUGCUCGCCCAGCACCCAUGAAUUCAGAUAAAAAUGUGUACCUCGGGAGAGACAAAGGCAUCAUGCGGAAAAGAGCCCAGCUCCUCCGGAAGGGCUGCAGCUUCGAGAUUACCAGCUCUGCCUCAGAGGACUUGGGCUGCAGGCGUGGGGACUUCAGCAGGAAGCACUAUGGUUCGGUUGAGCUGCUGAUUUCCAGUGAUGCAGAUGGGGCCAUACAGAGGGCAGGACGCUUCAGGGUGGAGAAUGGCUCUUCAGAUGAGGCUUUUGACUACGCUCCAGGAACCUGGAGGAGAACAGACGUCCAUCUGGAGAAUCCAGAGUACCACACCAGAUGGUUUUUUAAAUACUUCUUGGGAAAAGUCCACCAGAAUUAUGUAGGGACCGACGCAGAGAAGAACCCUUUCUACCUGUCAGUUGUCCUCUCGGACCAGAACAACCAGCGGGUUCCUCAGUACCGAGCCAUCCUCUGGAGGAAGACGGGGACUUUGAAGAUCAGCCUCCCCUACAGCCCGACCAAAACACUAUCAGUCAAAUCCAUCCUAAGUGCAAUGAACAUGGACAGGUUUGAGCGAGGCCCCAGGGAGAUCCUCAACCCAGAGAUUCAGAAGGAUCUGCUUGUGCUGGAGGAACAGGAGGGUUCUGUCAACUUUAAAUUUGGUGUGCUGUAUGCCAAAGAUGGACAACUCACAGAUGAUGAGAUGUUUAGCAAUGAGACUGGGAGUGAGCACUUUGAGAAGUUUCUCAAUCUGCUUGGGGACACCAUCACGCUGCAGGGAUGGGCAGGUUACCGCGGAGGGCUAGACACCAAGAAUGACACUACAGGAAUUAAGUCCAUCUACACGGUGUACCAAGGCCAUGAGCUCAUGUUCCACGUGUCCACCAUGUUACCCUACUCUAAAGAGAACAAACAGCAGGUGGAGAGAAAGAGGCACAUUGGGAAUGACAUUGUUACCAUAGUAUUUCAGGAAGGAGAUGAUGCAUCGUCAUCCUUCAAACCCUCCAUGAUCCGAUCGCACUUCACUCAUAUUUUUGCAUUAGUCAGGUAUAACAGCCAGAAUGACAGUUACAGGUUGAAGAUUUUCUCAGAGGAGAGUGUUCCGCUGUUUGGACCACCUCUACCGUCUCCGCCUGUUUUUACUGAUCACCAAGAAUUCAGGGACUUUUUAUUAGUCAAAUUAAUCAAUGGAGAGAAAGCCACACUGGAGACGCCAACUUUUGCCCAGAAGCGUCAGCGGACUCUCGACAUGUUGAUCCGUUCGCUCUACCAAGACCUUAUGCCUGACCUGCACAAGGUUCCUUUUUCUCCCCAGAACAUGUUAAACCGGCGGUCCUUUAGCGACGUGCUGCCUGAGUCUCCAAAGUCGGCGCGCAAGAAGGAGGAGGCCCGCCAGGCUGAGUUUGUCAGAAUAGGGCAGGCCUUGAAGCUGAAGACCAUCGUGAGAGGAGAUGCACCAACAAGCCUCGUGACCACAGGCCUGUGCAGAAAAGAGCCAUGGGAGUCCCAGUCAUUCUGCAGUACAUUCCCCUAUGAGAUCGUAUGUGCUGACUCUUGGGGCCAGUCUGUGCUGGUUGCCACGGACACAACAGGGGUCAUGCUGUUGGAUGGUCCUGAUCCAGCACUCUCCGUCGGUGAGUCGCAGACUCUUCCUCCAGUGCAAGUGUUUGACAAAACAAUGGCGGUGAAGCAAGUGCACAUCCUUGAGCCUCAGGACUUGUUGAUCGUCCGAGCUGAUAAAGGGAAGGACGCUCGGCUCUACGUGUUCCGACUCAACGCGAUCAAGAGAGGCCUGGAGGAAAGGCUUGUCAGAGGCAAAUGUGACUGCCGGGAGAACAAACUGGAGAAAACUAAAGGUUGUCAUUUGUACUCUAUCAACACCCACCACAGCUCCGAGCUGAGAAUAGUUGCAGCCAUCAGGACCAAACUCCUCCUCAUUACCAGGAAACAUCCGCGUUUCAGUGCCGUCGCCACAGGGGCAGACUCUCCGGUGGAGGAGUUUCAGUACAUACGGGAAAUCUGUCUGUGUGACCCGCCGGUGGUGAUGGCACUGGUGGAUGGUCCGACAGGGGAAAAUGACAACAUGAUUUGUGUGGCCUACAAACAUCAGUUUGACCUUAUCAAUGAGAGCACCGGGGAUGCCUAUCGGCUACAUCAUGUAGACGCCAACAGGGUAAACUUUGUAGCAGCCAUUGAUGUUUAUGAAGACGGCGAGGCAGGUCUGCUCCUGUGUUACAACUAUAUUUGCUCGUAUAAGAAAGUUUGUCCAUUUAAUGGCUCCACACCGAUGAUCCAGUCGAACACCUCUGAUUUCCACUUCAGUUGGAACCAGAUGCCCAAUGCUAUUGUUUGUGCUUUCCCGUACAUCUUGGCCUUCACCACGGACUCCAUUGAGAUCCGGCUGGUGGUGAAUGGAAACCUGGUGUACACAGCAGUGGUGCCAGAGCUGCAGCUGGCCGCCUCACGGUCAGACAUCUAUUUCGUCUCGUCGGCACCGGUGAGCUCAGCCUCCAACUGCAGCUCCAGAGACACCAGUUCUCAAAGUUCCCCACAGACUCCCACUGGCUAUGAGAUGCCUGUGUUUCCCUCGCCGCUCGGUGACGAUUCUAUACGGAUCCCCUAUGGUACCAAGCUUUCCCUGUACAUGUCUAAGGAUGCCGAAGGAGAAGCAAUGUGCAAACACAUUUUCAAGAUCCCUCUGUGUAACUUGGUGGGCCGCAGCAUCGAGAGGCCCCUGAAGUCGCCUCUGGUCAACAAGGUCCUGACAACCCAGGCCCCCGCCAUGGUGCCCCCGACUCCUCUCAUCUCCGCCACGCAUUCUCUGUCCUUAUCCCGCAUGGAGAUUAAAGAGAUCGCCACCCGUACGCGGAAAGAGCUGCUCGGCCUGACGGAAGAACCAAGUGGGAAACCAGACAGUGGAUCGGUCAAACAGAGAAAGAUAAGCAAGAAGAACAUCGACGAGGAGUCGAAGGUGCGGGCAUUGACAUCAACCAACAGCGACAGGAUAACCUCAGAGUCCUCGGAGGCAGACCAGGACGUGCAGCUGCACUGCUCGUCCAGUUUGGAGGCCGAGCCAGAGAAGGUGAUGCUCCAGACGGAGAGCCCACCCCUCACAAGCACGUUCGCCCUCUCAACGUCCUUUGAGGAAGAUGUCCUGGAUUUAAAGUGAAGACAAUCCCAUUGUGCACUUCUCUGCUCACCUACUCCUCUACUGUCACUGUUUUACCAAGUUUUACUGUUUUGUUUUGUUGUUUUUUUUUAAUAUAUCCUGCUUUUAAUUUGUGCGUUGGCUUUAUUACCCCUCUCCCGCGUUUACAUCCCAGCAUCCCUCCGUUCCCCAUUCAUCACAUGGGAUGGGUGCAGAGGGAGCGAGGAGACGUGAUAUCGUGCGUGUUUGUCACUUACCCACUGCGUGUCAAGUGUUUGCAAUGCCCCCCGCGGCAGAUAACCCAAAGAGGAAGUGAGCUGAGGAUGCUGUGGUGUGUUGGGACACCGACUGCAGCAACUUUGAGAGAAUUAUUUGACCCCCCAAACCACAAGCUGAAUGUAAAUCUGCUCACCAAGGUACAACAAAAAUCUGUGCAUUCACAAUUUCCUCUGAAUUUGUUCAAUAUAUGUUGUAUAUUAUGUGUUUAUUUCCAGUCCACUUCAAAAUGUUGUGUGAUAUGAAUAUGUAUGUGUACAUCUGUUUUUACAUGAAACUGCAUACGGCGGCAGGCAUAUAUGCCACUCCGGCCUGUGAUGCAUAUUUAUAGAUAUCUUUAAAAAUAUAUACAGUAUAUCAUUUUAUUUCCACACUUGGUAAAAGUAUGGUGUUUUAUCCUCUCUGUAGAUUUCCAUCCAAAUUGCCUCUCCUCAUUCACACGUUGCAGGUUGACAGGGCUGGAGGCGCAAGUCUCCCACAAGUGCCGUUUACCACUUUCACUGAAUUACUCCCCAAACAGCCACCACAUUCCAGUAUCUGACAGCAGACGCCAUGAUUUCAGCCCAUGCUGGAUCACAGCGACGAUCCACAAUUAAUUCAUACGGUAAACAUUUUACCCUGUAAGACUGAGCGGACAUUAAACCUACAUCAGCCACUUCUGCUACUGCUUCUCUUUUUUUUUUCUGUGCCACGAAAUAGCUUCUUUGGAAGAAAUUAUGUCCACAACAAAAUAGAAAAAAUAAGGAGCCUGAAUCUGUGUUCUUCAGCCCAGGUCCUGUGUUAGACAUUUCUUUGCUCAAACACACCUAAUUGGAUCAACAUUGACGGCUUUAACCUGCUAAUUUGACCCAGGCGUGUUUAAGCGGGGGAAAAUGUUGGCCUAAAUGAUCAAAUCAGGGUUUCAUUGUUUGUAAAAUAAGAGAACAACUAACUUCAGGAAGGCACUGAUGAUUGAAUUAGUUACUUUUUUAUCCCCAUAGCACUUUGAGUCUUUGAAAAACAGCUCAACACAUCUUACAAUGCCAAACACAAAGGUUCCAUUACUCAAUUAUCCUAAAAACUUUUCUUUUUUUUGCCUGUCAUUGCUGAACCUUUAAUUGGUUUGCCUGAAAUUGUAUUGCUGCUUAUUUUAGUACACUUUUUUUUAAGUUCAAAGGACUGAAAUAAGCCAGAUUUUCAAAAUAUAUAUAUUUUUUAGAGAGUAAUAUGAGACAUGGCUACCCUUGUGAUAUCAAUGGCCCUGCAUUUCAUGAUAAACAUGUUUCUGCCUCUUCAGUUAAACAUCAGAUAUUGAGUUUACUGAACAAACUCUCUAUUACAAGCUUGAAACUGCAUUCAUGUCACAUCACAGUUACUGUAAUUACCAGCUUGACUUGCCAAUAUUUGUUUGACAGUGUUGCAUCAACUUCAAAGUAGUAAAGUUUGUAAAAUCCAGACGGACACCAUCCCAAGACUGACAUUCACAAUCAUCAGCAGCAACUUUGAAUUACGUGGCAUUCAAGUGUGAAUGCAUAUUAUUUGAUCAUCAGCUUAUCAAAGUACCGACUGAAAUCAUAAAUUUAGGAUUUUUUGUUUUUCUAAUUCUACCAUCCAUCUCACAUGAUGUGCAUGUGAGAAUGUUCAUCGUUACCGCAUUGCUUUCCGGGGUUUACAAGAACCAGCAUUGCUCUGUGGCAUUGCCGUCUCAUCAAUGAUGGAAGACUGAAUAAACCUGCAUUACUUUGACAGGUGAUGGGGGUCGUAGCGGCUGUUCCUUCCUUGCUCAGCUGGAUCCUGCGUCAGCGGCAGAAUAAAACUUCACUUUAAUCAGGUUCUUUUGUCAGGUAUACCUGAACCACACAUUUUAUUUGGUUGUAUCAAAUUUUACUUAAUUUGUAAAAAAUAAUGCAAUGCCCAUUCAAAUUGUUUAGUUUCUACACAUAUACACUAAAUUAAUCUGGAUUUUUUUAAGAGACUCCGUCAAACAGGUGGGAGCAAUUUCCUCUAAUUAUCCCCCUGGUAGAAUAAUAAUAAUAAUAAUGAAAACAACAUUGCAGCAGGCUGUCCUAAUGAAAACGCAGCAGCUCUGAAACACAAGCCAUGACAAGUUUUUACACAAACUGCCUUCACGUUAAAAUUCCUAAGGUUUUCUUUCAAAAUUAGUAAACUGAGUUCAUUCCUUUUGCGUUGGACUCAAACCUGAAAAUCUGCAAAAAAAAUACAGUCAAGGCAGAAAUCUGAGUAAGGUAGCAAGCUUGGAGGCAUGACGGUUAAGUUGAUGUUUGCAGUAGAGCGCCUUCAUGUGGACGUUUCACAACACAACAGCUGUUAGAUACUUGCAUGAGCUUUUCUUCCCCCUUUUUCCCACUACGCCUUUCCCCCUGUUCCCCAGCCUGCCGCAGCAUGAACUCCUCUAAUAACACAACUUAAGAAAGGGAUGAAAAUGGAACGAGAAGUGGAUUUUAACUAUUUCAUUGUUUUUAAAUGCAAAGAUGCUAUCUUUAAAUAUUUGUCGACCUCAGCAAGGGUGGGUGAUGGGAGGAACACUGCUUCUCUCGCUUGUGUCGGUCCAGUUUUUCAACCAUUUCUGUUGAGUACUCUUGAUUUCUACCUCUCCUUGGAGCUUUUACGUCACUAUUGGGUUUUAUGUUUGUUUUUGUUUUUGUAUAUGAAUCUAUAUUUCCUGUUUAAGAUUGUCGCUGAACCUCUGUGAUAUCAGAAUUAAAGAAAAUGUACAAAAAAACAAAAAACAAAAACACCAAGUGUCUUAAAAUAUUGUAUCGCCAUCGUUUUUAAUGCCAAGUAAUACUUGUAAAUGUUUGUGUAUCAAAUGUUGCCUCAAAUGAAACUAAACUAUAUUAUUAUUAUUAAUAUUAUUAUUAUUAUUAUUAUUAUUUGAGCAGUUAUUUUAAACAAGUGCUGUAGACC